CAAUACUGUUAACAAACAUUCCAGUGACUAUAGGAAACAAUGUAAACAUCAAUAAGCUGUUAAUCAACCAAUCAAAAACCAGAAAAUCAAAAAGAAAUAAGUAACUCUUAAAAUUAUUAUUACUCUGACGGUAAUAACAAUAUUACUAUUUAUAAUAAAUAUACCGAAGUACAUAUUGUUACUGUUCUGAGAGCCCACAUAAUUAUUUGAAUAUUUACUACUAUUACUCGAGAUCGUAACGGUAUAAAUAACAUUGGCAUAUACCUUCAUUAUUAUCAGUGACCUAUUCAAUUGAAUUUAACAUUUUUUGUCAUUUGAAAGCCUUCAGAUAUCUAAAAAUGUCAAUUUUCAAUGGUCAUAGGAAAGGCUACUUGAAGAAUGAGAUUAACGGAAACAGAAUAGGUAGAGAAAUCGCUCAGCUAAAUAGCAAUCAAGGAAACGAACAGGUGAAUGGAACUGUGAAGAAUGAGAAACAAAAUGGAACAAUGAAAAAUGGAACUCACAAUAUCAUACGUGAAAGCAAUACUAUGAAUGCAGAAGAAAAGCAUGGAAAGAAAUAUAAUACGUUGAGAAAUGAUAAUCUUAAUGGUACACAUGAAAAUGGGAAAGGCGCUGAAAUACACGAAAAUGGUCAACAUAAUGGCAGACAUGAAAAUAGAAAGGUGAAUGAGACACAAGAAGAUGACGUUGGAAAUUUGAAUGGUAUAAUUGAAAAUGGAAAAAGGAAUGGAACAUCGAAAAUUGGAAAACAGAAUGGUACCUUGGAAUAUGGAAAACUGAAUGACAGAAGUGAGAGCAGUAGUGUUAGCGGUGAUGAUAUCGACACUUUUGUACCGAUAUGUAAACCUGGGCGAUUUAUCUGUCGGGGUUUUUACACGGAUGUUGCACACCUAUGUUCAGAAACUGGCUACCUAAUCUGGAUUGAACCAAAGAAAAAUAUGCAUGUACUGUUCACGUAUGGAGAUACAAAUUGCGACUUUCUAUGUUAUCUAGAACCAGAGGUACCAGGUGUUGCAAUCAAUUAUUUAGAGCCUAACAGAAUCAAACGUUUUCAAUACUUCAAUGAAAGUGAUUACAGAGCAGUUCAAAUUCACUCAGGAUUGGCUGCAUCAAUAAACGGUUCCUCUGGAACUAGAUACUCAUGUAUGGGAUCACUGUUUAAUACAUACUCUUACGCAAUUGACUCAGAAAGUGGUCAAUGUUUUAUUGAGCUGAGUGUAUUGAACAAGAAACAGAUGUGUGAAUUAACUGAACCAAUAUGUCGUCCAUUUAAACUUAAUUUUCGUCUAGUUCUUUAAAACGUCAAUGAAUUUUAUUUUCUGUCAAAAUGUGAUAAAAUUAGGAGUCUUAUUUCAUCAAUUAUCAAUUGAAAUUCACGAAAAAUACCACCAGAAACCCUUAAAAAAACACUAAAAAUUAAAAAAACAUUAUUCAGAAAAUUUUAUCUGCGAAAAAAAUCAAGCUUUUCGCUUCAUGUAUACUUCAUAUAUACAUUUAUCCAUUUCAAAGUAUACAGUUUGUCAGAAUGGUAUUGGAUCUAAUAACUCUACUAUUGGUUUUUUUCCUUUAUAACUAGAAUGUGAUUUCGUCUUAUAGCAAACUAAUUCUUGUUUUUCUUAUUUUGUGGACAACAAAUAUUGUUAUAGGUGUAAACGUUUUAAAAAUGGUUCUCACAUUCAAAUUUCAAUGUUCAAUAGUCUGUUCGACUGUAAAGUAUUCACCGUUACAUUUAUGAGUUUAAUUAUAUCUGAAUCAGUGUGUUUUGAUUAAGACUUCAUCUUCAUCAGCAGUUAGUAAUUUCAAUUUAAAAAAGUACUACAACUUUCAUUAACAUUAUUUUGACUUUUGUCUAUUCUUCAUUAUAUUCUGACCGUCAAAGUGUUUAUGGCUCCAUAAUACUGUCUAGUAGAAUUCCACUUUACCAACUUUUGUGAAUGCAAAUAUGUUCAAAAUGGAAUUUAUAUUAAAUUUUGAAUACCACGUUAAACAUGUAGUCUACAGAAUUAAACAGGCAUCAUUACUAAUGCCAUGUAACCUUAUUAUAAUUUGCAAAGCUAUAAACGUGUCUUGUCUGACUUUAGAAAUUGAUUCGAUUUGACACCAAAAGCAUACAUUAGGAAUGAUUCAUCAUCUAUACCAGAAAUAUGAGAAAUUCUACUGUCUUUAUGUCAAAGAAGGAGGGAGAAUUAGAACCAUAUAAACC